AUGACUCAUAUCACAUUACAAUCGAGUCGAAAUCAUCUGAUUCCCAUUCGUCGUGCUGCGUUUUCGUUUUCAAAUCGACGUCCUGCAACGAAAACUCAGCAGACAUUUGAUGACGGGACGCUCAAUACGAAGACCGUGUCAUCGCAAAACUUAGUCGAGGAAUGGAUUAUGGAUGGUGAAACCGGAAAGUGUAGUGAGUAA